CGUAAGGAGCCUGGAAGUGACGUAUGAAGGCCGAGCUAUGAAGGGGUAAUGGCGGCUGCGUGUCGGUGCUGUUGAACUCGCCACCGUCCUCAUAGAACAACUAUGUCAUCCUUUCAAGAAGUUCCAUCUUCAAGCAGUACCCUUCAGACGUCAAACUUUGCACAUGUUAUCUUUCAAAAUGUAGCUAAAAGUUACCUUCCUAAUGUGCACCUUGAGUGCCAUUACACUCUGACUCCGUAUAUACGCCCUCACCAAAAAGAUUGGGUUGGUAUUUUCAAGGUUGGCUGGAGCACUGCACGUGAUUAUUAUACAUUUCUUUGGUCACCGAUGCCAGAGAAUUAUCUGGAAGGAUCUACAGUUAACUGUGUGCUGUCUUUUCAAGGGUAUUAUCUUCCAAAUGAUGAUGGUGAAUUUUACCAGUUCUGUUAUGUGACCCAUAAGGGUGAGAUCCGUGGAGCAAGCACCCCUUUUCAAUUCCGAACGUCUUCUCCUGUUGAAGAAUUGUUAACAAUGGAAGAUGAAGGAAAUUCUGAUAUGUUGGUGGUAACUACAAAGGCUGGACUUCUUGAGUUCAAAAUUGAAAAAACCCUGAAGGAAAAAGAAGAACUAUUAAAGGUAACUGCUUGUCUUGAAAAAGAAACUGUACAGCUCAGAGUUCAAAUUGAACGACUGGAAAAAGAACUUGAUCAUGAAAAGGAAAGAAAUGAUCAGCUUGAAGCACAGCAAAAGGAUAACUUUAAAACUGCAGACACUCUUAAAACUGAAAACGAAGAAUUCAAGAAAAAAUGUGACGAGGCUACUUCUAGAGUUCUCCAGCUUGAAGAAGACAUCAUGACAGUUACACAGAAAGCUAUUGCAAAAGAAACAGAGUUAGAUAGCUUGAAAGACAAACUCAAGAAAGUAGUCCUUGAAAAGGAACAACUUGAAUGCCAAUUGAAAACAGAGAAGGAUGAAAAGGAACUUUACAAGAUACACCUGAAGAACACAGAAAUUGAAAAUACCAAACUAGCAUCAGAGGUUCAGACACUAAAGAAUUUGGAUGGAAACAAAGAUAAUCUGAUAGCAUAUUAUAAAGAGGAGAUUGGCCGAUUACAACUAUGUGUGGCUGACAAGGAGAAGUUAAAGAGAGCUUUCUUGCUUACUUCAUCAAACAAGGAAGAGGCAAGCAUUUUAAAGGAACAGCUUCGGAAAGCUGAGGAUCAGAUUCAAGCUAGUAGACAGGAAGCUCUGUUGAUGUCAAAAGAACUUAGUGAUGCAGUAAAUGUCCGUGAUAAAACUAUGGCAGAUCUUCAUAGCGCUCGACUAGAAAAUGAGAAGGUGAAGAAACAGCUCACUGACACACUAGCUGAACUUAAAAAAAUCACUGUUGUGAAUAACGAACAGGAGACUUCAAAUGUUGUAGAGAAGGAACUGCGCAGAGAGGUUGAAGAUUUAAAGCUCCGCUUGCAGAUGGCUGCUGAUCAUUACAAGGAAAAGUUCAAAGAAUGCCAGAAGCUGCAAAAACAAGUCAAUAAACUUAUUGAUCAGACCAAAAUUGCAGGGAAGCAACAGAAUCUGGCAGCUGGCUCAAAAAGUGAAAUUCGUGUGAUCAAGGCUGGAGAUAAAAAGUUGCCUACAUCUCCAGUUAGCCCCAUUUCACCUGAUACAGUUUUGGAGUUUUCAGAAAAGGAGCAAGAUUGUGAAAAGAAUAAGGAAAUUGCUGUCAAAACAGAGAAAUAUAAGAAAUGCAAGCAGAUGCUGUCAGAUGAGAAAUUAAAAUGUAGUGUCUAUGCGGAUGAACUAGCUAAGUUGGAGCUAAAAUGGAAGGAGCAAGUGAAAAUUAGUGAGAGCAUGAAGCAACAGCUAUCUGCAGUGGAAGACCGGUAUCGGGUUCAGUUAGCCGAAAAGGACAGACAGAUAAAUGAGCUCACUUCGCAUUUGGGAAUUCUUAGCAAUGAGAAGAAUCCUGGAAGGAGACCAGAAAAUCAAACAGAAAGAAUUGCUGAAGAACUGAUUUCCCAGCAAGCAUUAUAUUUUUUCAAUCCAGUUCUCAAUUCCGAAGAUACUGGAAAAGUUCCUGCGGUGCCAACUAGGUUACCAGUACUGCAGUAUGGAAAUCCCUAUACAACCCAGGAAACUAGAGAUGGAGCAGAUGGUGCUUUUUACCCUGAUGAGAUCCAAAGGCCACCUGUAAGAGCACCCUCUUGGGAACUCGAAGACAAUGUAGUGUGCAGUCAGCCUGCUCGCAAUCUCAGUCGGCCUGAUGGUUUAGAAGAUCCUGAGGACAGUAAUGAUGAUGAGGCCAGUGCACCUUCUGCUCCUGAUCCACCAAACCUACGCAUACAUGAACGUGGAACAGGUUUUUGUUUUGAUUCCAGCUUUGUGCAUAUCAAGAAGUGUCCCCUUUGUGAAGUGAUGUUUCCUCCUAACUAUGAUCAGACCAAGUUUGAAGAACAUGUGGAAAGUCACUGGAAGGUGUGUCCAAUGUGCUGUGAACAGUUUCCUCCUGACUAUGACCAGCAAAACUUUGAAAGACAUGUUCAAACACACUUCGAUCACAAUGUUUUAAAUUUUGACUAGCUUUGGGCAUCUUAAUGCAGUUUGGUUUAGACAAAACUUGAAUGAGUUCUGUAAAACAACAAGAAUGCAGCUUUCGUAACUUGAGAUAAAAUUGUUAAUUAAAGGCACAGUGCUCUGCAUUGCAGUUGAUUCAAAGUAAACUUUUGACCUGUUAGCAAGUAUUGGAUUAGCCCUCUUUGAUCUAGUAUACACCCAGUGCUGUUAUAAUAUCUUAUCAAUAUUUAUUCCUUGGCUAACAAAAUGCAUAAGAACAUACAAAAUGCAUACACUUGUUCAGAAACUUCAGCAGUCCAGUUCGUAGUAGUGACAGGUUUGCAGAAUGACAUGACUUUGCUGUUGCUUGUGCUAACAUUAAGAUUAGAUAUUAAUAUUCUCAUUCUGUAAUAAUAAAAUGAGGUUUCUCAGUAAUCUUGUGUGCAUCCUUCAUAUCGUUGUUGAUUCUGAAAGCUAUAUAAUUUAUCUAAUGAAUGUAUAGUUUUUACAUCUAUUUCAGAAAUGUAGCUGCAUUGAAAUUACAUGUUUAUUGAGAAAACAUCCUUAUAGCAACACUCACUUUUACAUAACUGUUAUCCGACCUUGCAGAUGUCAUGUACACUAGUGAUCUAUUGAAAUUUCUUCACUUAGAGCUAUUAGAAAAUAAUUGUAUAAAAAUUGCUAGCAUUUGGCUUAAUUUGUAUUUCACAGAUUUUUAGCCCGCUCUUUUUCGGGAUUGUUUAGGAAGUUAUAUUUAUAGGAACAAAGGUUUCUGGAAACGUCUGCAUUCUACUUUGCACAUUUCCCCCCAUUACAUUUGUGGUGUGUAUAUCUAAAACACUAUAUUUUUAAAAAGUUACUUAAUCUUUAGUAAGCAAUUCGAUCCUUUUGAAUAAAAUUAUUCUCUUCAUUUGAUGUAUAAUAGUCAUAUUAAAGGUAAAAACUAAA